GCUGCCCCGUCCCGUCCCGUCGGGUGUCGGUGUGGUGAUGGAGGAGCUGUACGCCCGCAUCGAGGCCCUGGAGCGGCGGCUGGAGCGGGCAGAGGCUGCGCUGAGGGACAGGGAAGCCUGGGGGCCGCGGUUGCCCUCGCUGCCGGUGACUUUCAGGGAUGUCUUUGUGGAGUUCAGCAGGGACGAGUGGGCCCUCCUGGAUGAUGAGCAGAAGGAGCUGCAUCGGAGCGUGAUGCAGAGCAACUGUGAAAUGCUGGUGUCCCUGUACUGUGACCUAGCCAAGCCUGAAGUCUUAUUGCAGAUGGAAAGAGGAGAGCCAUGUGAACCGGCAGAGCCAGGCCUGGAGGGCACGGCGGUGUCCCUGAAGCCAGCUGCAGAAACAGACGGUCCUGGCUGUGCGAGCGGUGAAGCCCUGCUGCAGGUGGACACAGAGCAGUCUUCUACAGGGAGAUGCAGGAACCUGGAGGACAGCAGGAGCCCUUCGGAUGCAUCUGACAGUAGUGCACACGAGUGUCUGGCGAGUCCACCGAAGCGAGGGACCCUGAGCCCUGGCUGUGCCUCACCUGAGGUCGUAAUCCCCACCUCUGCCCUUGUAGCACACGUUCCUCAGGAAGCCAUAGGAGCUCCAGCAGAUCUCAGCCACCUGGCUACCUCCCCUCCCUGCCCCAUCCCCACGUGCUGCCAGGAAGUGCUGACCCUGAGCCUGCCUCCAUCUCUUCCUCCUGCAGCAGCAGGUGCUGAGGUGGGGAUCCCAGGAGAGGUCCUGCAGGAGCGGAUCGGUGCUGAGGAGGGUCUGCAAAAGGAGGACUUGAAAGGUGCAGGGAACAGUGGCCAGUGUGUGGCAGCAGAUGCUCCUGAAGAGCCGAGUAAGGAGGAGAUGCCAGACCUUUGCCAAACAGCAGCGCACGUGGAGCCCAGCAGCUCGGCUGAUCUGCUGGCAAAGCCAGAGGAGAGCGUGGGCAGAACCGCUGCCUGCCAGCGAAACUCCUCCCGAGAGAAGUUCUACAGGUGCGUGGUGUGCGGGAAGAACUUCCUGCUCAAGAUCAACCUCAUCAUCCACCAGAAGAGCCACAGCAACUGGGUGCCGUACGUCUGCAUCGAAUGCAACCAGACCUUCAUGUCCAAAAAGAAAAUCCGGCGUCACCUGCGGAUCCGGGCGGCCACCGGGUUCUGCCCAUCCUCCGACACCGAGGGGGGCUCCAGCCUGGCGCCCUGCAGGGCCGCCCAGCCCCACACCCAGGGCAGCAGCACCAGGGAGCAGUGGGAGAAGUCCAACCCCAGCCGGUUCCCACUGUCUCCUCACAAAAUUACGUAUACGUGUACUGAAUGCAUGGAGAACUUCUCCAGCCAGAACUUUCUGGCGCUGCACCAGAGGACACACGCUGACCGGCAUCACUUCACCCUGUGUCUCUGCUGCAAUAGGAGCUUUGUCUGGGCCUCUGAAUUCGUCCACCACAGCCAGAGCGACGCGGGCAGGAAGCGCUACUGGUGCAACGAGUGCCAGAAAGCCUACAAGCAGCUCCACUGCUCCUGAGGACACCAGAAGACCGACAUGAGAAGGGAGAGCCUGCAUGAGUGUAGCAGCAAACUGCCUCCGUACUCUGAGCCUGUGUAGGGGAGGGGGAGAGGAGGGCGAGGGGGCACUUCUGAAGAUGGGGCUGCUGCUGGCCCUUCUCUCUUCAUCCUCGACCGUGGGCUCUGGGCAUUGUGGCUGGAUCAUCCCACCCUGCCCAGCGCCCAUGGCUGCGUGCUCCUCUUCCUGAAGGUGGGAGGAGCGGCUGUGAGGAGCUGCUUUGGGGCUCUGGCUGUGGGAAUUGGGUUCCUCCCCACAGCUGCAUGUAGCUCUGCUGUGCUGCUGCUGGGAAACCUCCAGCUUUGUCGCCUUUGUACGGGCACCCUCCAGCACAUCCGUGUCCCACAUCCGUGUCCCGCUGCAGCACCCCAUGUCUGUGCCCUUCAUGGAGCUCCUGCGGGUCCUUGCUGCUGCCCUGAGGUCUACCCCUGCCUGGCUGCCAAGCCGGGGGCAUUUCAGAGUUGUGACGGGAAGAAUUCGAGGGUAAAAUGGUGGAACUGGAGGGAGUGCUGCGUGUGGGGUGGGCACUGCUGGUGGGCAGCGAGGGAACGAGAGUGGGUUGUGUUGGAAAAUAACGCGUGUUGGAAAAUGACGUGAGGAGGGGUUCCCUGUGCCUGUAUGAUGGGGGCCGUGCUGUGGGGCAGGCUGGUUAAUGGGUUAAUUAAACCAGUCCUGGGAA